AUGUCACUCUUAAAGAAGACCUAUGGGUCCAAUAUUAAGUAUCACCAUGCUCGUAGAGGGAAAGAAGCUGUAUUUGAAGAUCAAUAUGGUAACGACGAGAAGUCGUAUAGCGAUUUAAAUUGUUAUAAGUAUCUCAGGCCCAUGAUUUACUUGGACGCUACUUUCCUCAUUGGUAGAUUCAGGAGUACUUUGAUGGCUGCAACAUGUGUCAAUGGAAAUGAUGGUUUUUACCCAUAUGCCUUUGCUAUUGUUUUAUCUGAAAACAAAGACAAUUGCUAUUGCUUUUACCACAUCAAGUGCAAUCUCCCUAUUGGAAAAGGUGAUGCGAAUUACAAUGCCGUUAUUGGUUUGUUUUACAAAGCUGCUUACUCUUACACAGCAGCGAACUUUGAAGAAGCUUUGCGGGUCAUGCAUGCAAUUGGUUGUGGAUAUGUUGCUAAUUAUCUCAGGACCAUUCCAAAGGAGAAAUGGGAAAAUGCAUUUUUCCCUCUAUGCAGAUAUGCUGCUCACUCUUCAUCUAUUGCCGAGUCAUUCAAUAACUGGAUUCUUGAGUUCAAAAAACUGCCUGCUUUUGCUCUUCUCGAUGCGAUACGUUUGAAGGUUAUGCAGAUGAAUUCUAAGAAAAAGGUAGAAGGUCUUGAAAAUUUUAACACUAGGCUCACUCCCGUAUACGAGGAUUUACUAAACGAGAACAUCAACAUUGGUCGUACUUGGACUGUUGUUGAGUCUAUGGAAAGAUUGUAUGAAGUCAGGUGGCAAGUAAAUGGUUUUCCCUGCGCACAUGCUUGUGCUGCCAUUCAAUCUACAAGGGAGGACAUGUAUUCAUUUGUUGAGCCAUACUUCACCACUGGAAUGGUACAACAUGACAUACCAAGAGAUCAUCUUGCCAAUCCCCAAUUAUGA